CAACUUUAUUUUAAUAUCUAAAGCUAAAGUGUGUAUUCUUCCUCUUAAGUAUCAAAGAGCUAUAAAAGAAGAAGAAGAAGAAGAUGCAGAAAGUAUUUGCAGUGAGGUCCUUAAUCUCUUCCUUUGUUAGAAACUCCAAACCACAACAAGCUGCCUUUUCUACUUCCUUACUCUUGGAUGAUACUCACAAACAGUUUAAAGAAAGUGUAGCAAAGUUUGCUCAAGAGAAUAUAGCCCCUUUUGCAGAAAAAAUAGACAGAACCAACAGUUUCCCAAAGGAUGUUAACUUGUGGAAAUUGAUGGGGGACUUUAAUUUGCAUGGAAUAACAGCACCAGAGGAAUAUGGAGGGCUGAAUCUUGGUUAUUUGUAUCACUGCAUUGCCUUGGAAGAAAUUAGUCGUGCCUCUGGUGCCGUUGCCGUUUCCUAUGGUGUUCAAUCCAACGUUUGCAUUAACCAAUUGGUGAGAAAUGGAACUCCUGAGCAGAAGCAAAAGUAUUUGCCAAAGCUUAUCAGUGGGGAUCACAUUGGGGCACUAGCCAUGAGUGAACCUAAUGCUGGGUCAGAUGUUGUUAGUAUGAAGUGUCGAGCGGAUGGUGUGGAAGGUGGCUAUGUCUUAAAUGGGAAUAAAAUGUGGUGCACCAAUGGUCCUGUUGCAAACACUUUGAUUGUAUAUGCAAAAACUGAUACGACUGCUGGUUCAAAAGGAAUUACAGCAUUUAUCAUUGAGAAAGGAAUGUCAGGAUUCUCUACUGCUCAGAAGUUGGACAAGCUCGGGAUGAGAGGAAGUGAUACGUGUGAACUUGUAUUUGAGAAUUGCUUUGUCCCUAAAGAAAAUGUUCUAGGCCAGGAAGGAAAAGGAGUCUAUGUUCUGAUGUCGGGGCUAGAUUUAGAAAGAGUUGUUUUAGCAGCAGGACCUGUUGGAAUAAUGCAAGCAUGUAUGGAUGUUGUUUUGCCUUACGUUCGACAAAGGGAGCAAUUUGGAAAACCAAUUGGCGAAUAUCAACUUAUACAGGGAAAACUUGCUGAUAUGUACACUGCUUUACAAUCUUCAAGAGCAUAUGUCUAUGCUGUUGCAAAGGACUGUGACAAUGGAAAGAUAGAUCCCAAGGAUUCUUCAGGGGUCAUACUUCUCGCAGCUGAAAGAGCCACUCAAGUUGCUCUUCAGGCUAUUCAAUGUCUAGGUGGGAAUGGAUAUAUAAAUGAGUACCCAACUGGACGUCUACUGAGAGAUGCCAAAAUGUAUGAGAUUGCAGCAGGGACUAGUGAAAUCAGAAGAAUUAUUAUAGGUCGUGAGCUCUUUAAACAUCAAUAACUCCAAAAUUGGUAUUAAUGGACAUGUUUAAUCUCUAAUAGUAACAAGUUUCGGAUUCAUAUCAUAUAUUGCUGCAUAUAUAAUAAUUUCCAUUGACGGAUA